AUGCAAGAUCUUACUAUACAGAAACUAGCAACAAUGCCAUGUGAUGAAGACCCAGAGCAAUCAAGUAGGAGUCAAGGCAAAGACAAAAGAAGUAGGGCAAAGAGAUGUAUAGAAUGGGGAAGAGAAGUGAAGGAAGAGAAACAAGAGACAGAAGAAGAAAAAGAAAGAAAGGGACAUGCAGAGCAGUAUCCACAGAAAAGAUUAAUCAGUAAACCCCUCAUGUACACCCUAUGGACAAAAUUCAAGUUAAGCAAAUAUCUCACAAUGGGAGAUAGACUAUCACUUGCAUUUGAAUUCAGCUUGACAGAUAAACAGAUAAAUCAUUGGUUUUGUGAAAAGAGAGAGAAAUAUAAGGAAGAAAUGUACAAGCAGAAAUAUAAGAAACAGCGUAACAAAUGUUGA